GAGCAGGGAAGUGCCUGUGUUGCUGCAUCCCAGCCUGCCUGGUUGCUGCCCUCCCUGCCUGAUGGAGCCAGCGCUGGCAGAAGAUCCUCCUCGAGGUGGCUGGCUGAGCCCAGUGCAGGACCACUAGUGGGACGUGGACGGUGGUGUGUGCCACCCUAGGAGGGACAAUGGCUCAGGGCACUGGGAGCAUCAACAGUGACUACAAGGAUUGGGAGUGGAGCGACGAUGCCGGGGAACGCGCCAGGCUCCUGCAGAGCCCUAGUGUGGAGACGGUGCCCAAGAGUGCAGAGAGCCAAGGAAAUGGUCUGGGGGCCACGUCAGCUUUGGGAGCUGUUUUCAUCGUGGUCAACGCUGCCCUCGGGGCUGGGCUGCUCAACUUCCCUGCUGCCUUCAGCAUGGCCGGCGGCGUGGCUGCAGGGAUCACCCUGCAGAUGUGCAUGUUGAUCUUCAUCAUCGGAGGCUUGGUCAUCCUGGCAUACUGCUCACAGGCCAGCAAUGAGAGGACCUACCAGGAGGUUGUGUGGGCUGUCUGUGGGAAGGUGCCUGGUGUGCUGUGCGAGGUGGCCAUCGCUGUCUACACCUUUGGCACCUGCAUUGCCUUCCUCAUCAUCAUUGGAGACCAAGAGGACAAGAUCAUUGCUGCCCUGGUGAAGGAGCCCGAGGAAGCUGGGAGCAGCCGCUGGUACACAGACCGCAAGUUCACCAUCAGCAUCACUGCCUUCCUCCUCAUCCUGCCUCUCUCCAUCCCCAAGGAGAUUGGCUUCCAAAAAUAUGCCAGCUCCCUCAGUGUGAUUGGCACCUGGUACGUCACAGCAGUCAUUAUCAUCAAGUACAUCUGGCCUGACAAGGAGCUGGUGCCUGUGGAGAUCCCCACCAGCCCCUCCACCUGGACAGCUGUCUUCAAUGCCAUGCCCACCAUCUGCUUUGGGUUCCAGUGCCACGUGAGCAGUGUGCCCGUCUUUAACAGCAUGAAGCAGCCGGAGGUGAAGACCUGGGGAGCAGUGGUGACAGCAGCCAUGGUGAUUGCUCUCUUCGUCUACACAGGCACUGGUGUCUGUGGCUUCCUAACCUUUGGAGCUGGUGUGGAACAGGAUGUCUUGAUGUCCUACCCCUCCAAUGACAUCCCUGUUGCCCUCGCCCGGGCCUUCAUCAUCCUCUGUGUGCUGACAUCCUACCCCAUCCUGCACUUCUGUGGCCGGGCUGUCUUGGAGGGUCUCUGGCUCCGCUACACUGGGGUGACAGUGGAGGAGGACGUGGUUCGAGAGCGGAGGAGACGCCUUCUUCAGACCAUCAGCUGGUUCCUCCUGACCCUCCUCCUGGCUCUCUUCAUCCCUGACAUUGGCAAAGUCAUCUCUGUCAUUGGGGGCUUGGCUGCCUGCUUCAUCUUUGUCUUCCCAGGGCUCUGCCUGAUUCAAGCCAAGCUCUCCGAGAUCCAAGAAACUAGGGCAAUCAGCUGGUGGGCCCAGGUCAGUUAUGGGGUGUUCAUGGUCACCCUUGGAGCCUUCAUCUUCGGACAGACGACUGCCAACGCCAUCUUCGUGGAUCUCACAGCCUGA